GCUGUUUCUUCAACCACCCAACAUCCCCUCCAUUCAUACCCUUCGACUUGGAUCACUUCCUUUACGAUCACUACUAUAUUUCUACCUCAUCGCGCUUAUCUCGCCUCCCGAUAUCACCCUCUCGAGAAGUCGUCGUGCGCGUCUACCCCCAUGUCCGGAUUCGCUCUUCGACUUUCUUUAGCCUCCACUUCAGCUUCAUCCUUCGCGCCCUCUUCGCCUAUUACUUUCGUCGUUAAGCAGUCUUAAUUGUCGCGCAGAUACUACAACAGCGCCCGAAUCCCCUUACGCAUCUCCUUUAUACCGCCUCGUCGCACUCUCUUCCUCCUCGUCCCUCCACGAACGCGCCCGCCCGCCAUGGAUCUGCGCUCGAUGUUGAAUAGCGACACUGCUGGCAAUGCAAAUAAUCCUCCACCGGACCCCCAGCAAUCGCCAUCGGCGCAAACCACACGAAAGCCAUCCGAUGCCGUCUACAGUCCGCGCGAACAGGUUCCCGCCGCGGCGUCCGCUUCCUCCGCCUCCUAUCCGGCCGGUUUCCCCGGAGGAUCAAUGCAGCGACCUCAUGUUUCUCCCGAACGCUCUUCCUCCUACGGCUCGCUGCAGUCUCCUUAUCAAUAUCAACCUACCCCUGGUCGCUCGGCUGGCUCGCAAGCUGCUCGAGGUCAGAGCCCACAACCAGGUCCUUACGGUUCUUCGCGUGAUUCCUCCUUCAACCCCCCUCAGCAGCGCUCGCAAUCCAUUCAAUCGGUGCUGUCCCACGACACGACUCAUGCAUCUCACCCCAAGGAAAGUCCCUCAACCGCCGGAAUUGCGCCUGGAUAUGCCUCUCAGCAAUUUUCACCGCCAGGACCCGGAUCUCUGCCUGGCACACCACGCGGGUCGACUGCUGCCUAUGCUCAACCAUCACCUUCCUCGGCUGCGCGCCCGCCCUCUUCAGGCCAAGACACGCGCUCGAACCGCGCCUCCAGCCCCUGGGUCGGCCAGGAGGCAUCGAUGCAAAUGUCACCCACUGCGAUGCCCCGUCUGUCGCGUCCUCGAGACCAGACUCCGCGGCCGUACCCUGGUUCCAUUGACCGACGCGGCUCAGAAGACAGUGUGAGCCCCAAGACCACGCGGGCUCCCAGCUAUCCAGAUUCGGCCAUACCCACCCAAACCACCCCUCGCGAGAAUGGAAUGGCUCUUGCAGAGGCGCAUCCUAACUCCAGUCCGCACGAACCUCCGGUACGGAAGCGUCGUCGCUUCGAUGCACCCCCGAUCUAUGCCAUGCGGCCGGAACGUACCAAAGGCCGCGGCCCUAUCAUCCCGAAUCCCUUUCCUCCCAUCCCCAAGCACGCCCGCGAUACUCCGUCUAAUCCCUGGAUUUUGCGACAGCGGGCUGCUUCGGCUGCUCAAGGUCCCGCACACGCCGCUGCUGUACCCGUAUCCAUCAAAGCUUCGAACGAUAACCCGCCCAGCAAGACGACGGCCCCGGCCCCGGCCCCGGCCUCGGCCCCGGCCCCGGCCCCCCGUGCGCCUUCCGCAGCGGCCGAGCCUCAAAAGCCUGGCAGUUUGGGACCGUGGGAGCCCUCCAUCACCGGAGAGUUUCCCACCGAAGAGAUCACGAAAGAUGUGUGCGACUUUCUCUUCAGGCAUGUCGUGGUCCGCAACGACGCCAUCGCAGCUCCAGCGGGAGCAGCAGCAGCGGGGUCGGCGCCCAUCAUCGAGGUGGAGGCCAAACUGGGCCAACUCAUCGAUAUGGAUCGCGGAGAUCGGGUCCAGCUGCCUAUUCUGACCGAGACAAUCAUCAACAAACAAUUUCCACGCUUCCGGACAGCAUUUGAAAGUAGCAUGACCGUGGCUCAACAUCAAGCGAUGAACAAUUUCCUUAAUGAAGCCGUCAAAAGGUCCUUGGAUCAGGCCGACCGACCCCGCAUCCCCAUUUCAUAUGCCCACAAGAAAGAGCGCGACACCUUCUAUGAAGUCUCCCCGAACGAACUGCCCCCGGUGAUCCGACAAAACCUGAACCCUCGCCACAAGCCCAAGGUCCGCGUGACUGUGGACCAAAGAACCAACGAGGUCCUCGCCAAGAUCGUCAAAUGCCGCAUCGCCGAUCUGGACAUCCACAGCCCGAAAACCUGCGUCGACUGGCGCAUCAGUGUCAACCUCGAAAUGAACUACGACGGCGACGUGAGCCAGCUCACGGUCGUCGAUCCGGCGCGAGGUCGCGGAGGGGAUCGCAACAAAGACCGGAUGAGCUACCGCCAUCUCGCCUACCAGAUCGAUCUCACCCAGGUAGCUAAAUCUGAAUCCGUAAAAGGCGAGUUUGAGCACGAACUCGAGGUCGAAGUCUCGGCGGCCGAGAUCCGUCGCCAGGGCCAGAUGGCCAUGAACGGGGAGCAACAUCAGUAUGAGGACCUCAUCAAGGGGUUCCUGGAUAAUGUCCGCGUUCUGGCCCGUCAAGUCCCUCCGUGACCUAUCUACCUCCAUUGCCUUUUUUUUUCCUGUUUCAGACACUUGCGUAUUAUUCCCCCUUAUUCACCUUAACACUUUUCGCCCUUCGCCCUUCCUCUCUUGGUCACAAAAGUCCCCAUUUGAUGUGCAUAUAACGACCCUACACAUUUUGCAUCCGGAACUUCUUUGACCCCCCCCCCCCC